CUGCGAAGCUUGCGCGCUAGACGCCGGCGACGCGCGAGGGGCAGCCUGCGUCGCACACGACCCAUCAGACACGAUGCCAGCCACGCACCUGCGGCGCUGCUACGGCUGGCACGGCCGCGGCGAGCGCCCAGAAAAACCUACGAAGCCAGCCCCGGAGGAGGACGAGAAGCCCUGUGCGCUCGACGCCCGGGCCAUCUUUAGAGCAAGACGCAACCCGCCGAUCCGCCACUGGCUCUCGCACGCGAGCUGGCGCCACGUCGAGAAGAGGAGGAGAAGGCGGUCGCCGGUUAAGGUGGAGGAGCCCGCCAAAAAGGCGCCCGCGAAGAGACGUAGGAGACGGUCGACGAAGCCCAUCAUUGACGUCGAGGCGCCGCCCAGGGACGCGGACCGGUGCUGGCCCGACGAGGCGAGCCCGCGCUGGGCGCGGCGGCGCGGCGCGGCCAAGACCGAGGGCCUGAACAGCCGCCACUGGCGCCGCGAGAAAGGUAUACAAACGAAGGCGCGGCGCGCCGCCGAGGCGGCGAUGCGCAAGGACGCGCCGCGUAGACCGCCCGUUUCGAUAGAUGCGGUCCGCGGCCACUUCCUUCUCCGAUGGUACCUGGAUCGCAUUCUUAAUUACGUGGCGCGGCGCAAGUGGCGCCGCCUGAAGAAGGAGGAGCGCGAGGUUUUAAAAGAGCGGGCCGCGGAGGCGAGCCGCUUCGACGAGGACGCGAAGCGCCAGGCGCGGGCUGCGCGGGCGCAGCGCCGGUGGCGCGAGCUGUCCUGGCGCCACGUGAACCGCGUGGAGGGCCUCGGGGGCUCUCCUGUGGAGUCGCGGCGGCGCCGCGCGGCCGAGCGGAAAUUUGAAGGGAGGCGGUGGGAUCGGCUGGAACUGGGUUGGGACGCGACGCUUGAGUAAACGUCCCCUACGUUUGA